CACCAUGAAUUUGAUGAAAUAAGAAAAUUUGCAAAAAUUGCCUCAUAAAGGUGACUUUUACGCCUGAACAUGGAUGUUAUUGAUGGUUUGAAGAACUCCAGCAAAGGUCAGCUGAAGUACGACAAGAUUUGGCAAGAUGAUAUACCGCAAAUGCUAAAAGAUUGCACUUCACGGCCAUGUCUAAGUCAGGGUCUUAAAACACCAGAUACUUCCUUUGAAGAAGAAAAGAAAGAUGAUGGGUCAGAACCAGAUACAAAGAAGGACCGAGAUGAAAAGGAUGUGCCAGAUCUUAGCAAGAAUGACACACAGCGACUGGUAUCAAAUAACGUCCCUCGGCGUGGCAUGCGUGGUAGCAAGAGCUUGACUGUCCUGUCCACUCGAGAAAACAGAGUGUCUCCUUUGGCGUCGCCUAGCUCAGCACAGGUUGUUGAUACUGCAAUUAGGAAUUAUGAACAAUCCUGGGAGAAUAAAAAAAAUGCUGAUAUAAAAGCUAGAAGAGAGGCAUUUGAAGAGUCAUGGAAAGGCAUUCAAAAGGGCACAGAAGACAAGAUGACUGAGUUGACUAUAAAAAAGGAACUUGACCUCAAACGUCAGGUGGAACAGGUGACAGCUGCAAAGCAUGCCAGAGAACGAGAAGUUCAGCUCCGUCAACAAAAAUUGAGAGAAGAAAAUGAGCAGAAAGCAAAGCUUCUGGAUGCUAAGGUGAAAGAAGCUGAAGCCCAGAAGAGACAGCAAGAGCAGCAGAGACUGGAAGAAGAAAGGCAGAGGCAACAAGAGAUAGACAAGCGGUUGGCUGUUAUGGGUGAGGCGGAGCAGCAAAUCCUACAUUUGAAGGAAGAAGUCAACAAGGCCAUAGAGAGUUGUCCGGUAAAGGAUGACACAAGACUUAACGAGUCGAACCGUCUGGCGACAGACUAUCUUAACCUCAUACUCAAGAACGUCAAUACUCUUGUAACUAACGCAAAAAGCAGCGGACCAACUGAGGAACAUUUGACAAGAAUGGGAGAAUUAUUAACCAAGGCUAGGAAUGCCAAGAUGGAAAUGAUGAAAUCAUUAGGAAAUGUCCUGAAACAAGCUCAAGCACAGCAGAUGCUUAAGAAGCAGCAAGAAGAUAAAUUAAAAGCUAAACAGGAAGCAGAUGCUAAAGCUAAAGCAGAAGCAAGUAGUGCUGCGACCGUCUCGGCUGUUGCACCUGGUGAAAUCUUAUGUGUCCCAGAAGAUGCCUUUCAAACCUACAAUGAAUUGAAAGAAAAAUUGCAAGCAAGCCAAGCUUCGUAUGCGUCACUAGUCCAGGAUGCCAAUUUGAAAAAAUACCGAUUCAACCUUCAGAAGGCAGUGAACACCCCAGUGAACGCGAUAGCUCCCACUAAUGGUGCUCAUCUCAGGGACAAAUUAAAGCGCCUGGUUCUACUCCUUGCUGGAGAUGUUGUUGAAGUUACAGGCAAACGAAUUUCUGCAAAGGAACAUCCAGCUGGCAUGCAAUUUGUACGAGAUCUGUUUGCCAAAAAACUAGUGAAACAAAGUGAUGAACAGGUGUCAUCUAACUACGAGUCGGCCUUUGCCAUAGCAGCAGUGUGUGUUGGUGUUUGGGCUUUGAUACCUGAAGUUGGUGAUCUCAUUCUUGCUCACUUCCAUGCCCUGUGUCCCUACAUUGUGCCAUACUAUGUCCCUAGAGAGGAGGGACAGUCUUCGGAGGAAUAUUACAAGGCGCUGGGAUACAACUUUACAGAUGGCCAGCCAGAACAACAGGACAAGUUCCUGAAAAGAAUGUCCGGCCUCAUGAGACUUUAUUCAUCAAUACUCACAACAGACCUUCCAGCAAAAAUGGCCCCGAACGGAAACCCACAUGGACUAAAUUAUGCCUGGAUGUGGAUAACUAGAAUUCUCAAUAUGGAACCUCGACCAGAUAUCACUGCCACUUUGCUUCAUGACUUUUUACAAGUCACUGGUUGUUAUCUUAGUCGGACAUUUGGGAGACAGUUCCACAAACUUCUCUUUGUGCUUCAGACUGAAUAUAUGCAAAAAAUCAGGGCUGUGACGCCAUCAGGUGCUGGAGGUCCUUUAGUGAGACUUGAAAAUUGCCUAGAAAAGUGGAUUAAGGAAGGGAGGAUACCCCCUCCAGAAGGGGUUCUGUCAUCUAAUUUCUGGUAUACUGGUUGAUAGAAGAUGUCUCCUAUUUGGUGCUAUCUUAAUCACUCUGGACUUUUUUUGUCCCAUCCAGUUUUUCAAAAUUCAGGGACGAAAGAUGCCCCUUCAGAAGGGGUUCUGUUAUCUCAUUUAUGGUAUACUGGCCGACUGAAGACGACUCCUCAACCCCUUAGCAGUGUAAUAUUUUUGCAUCAUGCACUAAGAUAUGUAACAUUUCUGUUGGGGAGUCGUUCUGUGAGUUCUUGGUCUUGCAGUGUCCUUUGUUAUAGACAAAUUUUAGCAGGUGCUUUGUCGAGUUUACCAGCAAGUAUUGCCCGGUGAGGGUUCCCGACUGUUUGUGUGUACGAUAGUUUUGACUUCACGAUGGAGUUGAAAGCUUUGGCUCCGAGUUUUUUGGGUCACUUGUGCCUUGUCCUCCAAAAAUAGCCUCUUUGUGCUCCUCUCACCAGACACUUAAGUAGAAGCCCUUGUAAGUGGCGGUGAUGUCAUCUCUGUUCACUGGACCUGGACAUGCAUGCAGGUUACAGAAACUGUGUGUGCAUGAAGCAGUUUUUGAAAAUGUUCAUGCCAUAUUUCAUUGCCUUCCUUCUCAAUGAAAACACUUUUUGUCUAUUUACAUGAUGAAAUAACAAGUGGUAUUUCAAUUUUUUCAUGAAUUUUAUU